ACUAAAACAAGAUGUGCAUACUAGCUCAUAUCGGAAAUACAAGUACAAACUCCUUGUGUUUCUUUAAAUGGAACUCCUGAGCGUGAUCAAUCUCUUAGCACUCCUUCUCUUUCCCUUUGUUGUUCCCAGGAUAUGGGAAGCUUGUUGGGUCUUUCUUUUGCGGCCGUGGAUGAUAACAAGAAGAUUCAAGAAACAAGGAAUCUCAGGCCCAAAAUACAGAUUUGUGUACGGGAAUCUCCGGGAGAUGAAGAAGAUGAAGAACGAAGCUACGCGUUGGGUUCUUGAUCCCAACUCUAACGAUAUCUUCCCUCGUGUGUUUCCUCACUAUCACCAAUGGCUGUCUCAAUUCGGAGAAACAUUUCUAUACUGGAAUGGAACAAAACCGACGCUAUUCAUCUCAGAUCCUGAACUAGGGAAACAGAUCUUGUCUACAAAGUUAGGUUUCGCUGUUAUAGCAAACAAAAAACCUGAGCUCUUCAUACUUUUCGGUAAAGGACUUCCUUUCAUAGAGGGUGAUGACUGGGUUCGCCAUAGACGAAUCUUGAACCCUGCUUUCUCCAUAGACAGUCUCAAGGUCAUGACGAAACGGAUGGUGGAUUGCACCUUAAGGAUGUUGGAGGAGUGGAGAACACAGAGGAAGGGUGAAGAAGUGGUGAUGAGGAUGGAGAUCAACAGAGACUUCCACAGAUUGAUCUCUGAUAUUAUCGCGAACACUGCGUUUGGAAGCAGCUACGAGGAAGGGAUUGAAUUGUUUAGAUCACAGUCAGAGCUUGGGAAAUAUUUUCUAACUUCUCUCACAAGCGCCUUCAUCCCAGGAGCACAAUACCUUCCUACGCCAACCAACCUUCAACUAUGGAAGCUCGAUAAGAAAGUGAAGGACUCAAUCAAAAGAAUUAUAGAUGCAAGGCUAAAAUCAAGUUCCAAGAAUUGUGGAGACGAUCUUCUUGGGAUCAUGUUGAAAGCUGCAGCAUCUAAGGAGUAUGAGAAAACGAUGAGUAUGAAUGAGAUUGUAGACGAAUGCAAGACUUUCUAUAUCUCAGGGCAAGGAAGUAGUGCAACUUUAUUGACAUGGACUACGUUUUUAUUGAGCUCGCACCAAGAUUGGCAAGAGAAGCUAAGAGAAGAAGUUUUCAGUGAAUGUGGUAAAGAUACUGUCCCAGAUUCAGACACCUUCUCCAAACUUAAACUGAUGAACAUGGUUUUUAUGGAGUCGCUUCGUCUGUACGGACCCGUGAUUAAAAUGGUAAGAGAAGCAACACAAGAUAUGAAGAUAGGACAUUUGGAUAUCCCCAAGGGCACGAGCAUAAUCAUCCCGUUUUUGAAGAUACACACCGACAAGGCCAUAUGGGGAGAAGACGCCCAACAAUUCAAUCCUCUGCGAUUCGAAAAGGGUGUUUCUCAAGCCGCCAAUCACCCAAACGCACUCCUUCCGUUCUCAGUAGGACCAAGAACUUGCAUUGCCCAAAAUUUUGCUAUGAUGGAAGUCAAGACCGUGCUCACUAUGAUCCUUCAACGGUUCCGGAUUAGCCUCUCCCCUGAAUAUAAGCAUACACCGGUUGAUAACUUCAAUCUCCAUCCGCAAUACGGCCUACCCGUAAGGCUUCAGCCUCUCGAUACUAGAGCUUAACGGUGAGGAAGAUAACAAACCAAGAAUCUCAACGAAUUUGGUAAAGUUAUGCUCUAUUAUUGGGUUUCAGCACAAAUAAAAUUAGUUUAGUCAAUAAUGUGUAUCCUUAAAUAAAACUGAUAAUAAGAAGAAAAACUGAUUAGUGUUUGGAUGAUGACUUACUUUUUCUUUUAUAACUAGGUGUUUUCCUGAACCA